UAUACACAGGAUGCUGAAGUGUUGGAAUUAUUUGAAAAGGAACAUAACACAGAGAUGAUUGCUAACGAAGACAUUACUUACAUUUGGGAUUUCGCUGAUCAGCAGCUAUACAAUAUUACUCACCCAAUUUCACUGACAAGCGAUGUGUAUUUGAUUGAGUUCAAUUUGAUGGAAAAUAUGCAAGGAAAGAAAAGGAAGUGUAGAGUCUCUAGAAUGUCAAAAAAAACGAUGACAAAUGAAAUGACAAUCAUACAGAUUAUCAAAUAUCGGAUGGAACUGAUAUUUACGUACGCAAUCGAAGUUGAGCAACAGCAAUUAAAAACAAAGAAACCUAAAAUCGUGGUAGUCGGUACCCACAUUGAAGUCACAGAUAAAGAAAAGAUGGAGCAGGCUGCAGAACAGUUUAGAAUAUUAUUUCAAGAAAUCAAAGGCACUCCUUAUGAAAGUUACGUGGUGAGAAAAAUGUACCUUAUCGACAACGAGUCUCCAACUGGAAGCGAGUUUCAGGAAACACUUGAACAAGAUAUUAAUGGAUUUCUGAAAGACAUGCAAAACACGAUUCCACUUACAUGGUAUAAAUUUCAACAUCUAUUAGAGGAAAUGGGUCAACAGAAAUUUCAUGUAGCUUAUGAUGAGGUGUGUAAAUUAGCCACUCAGUGCGGAAUUUCAAAAGAGAAUCUCAAACAUACUCUCAACUACUUACACGAUCUUGGAAUUGUCAUGCACUUCAAACACAACAGACAACUAAGAGAUAUAGUGGUAUUAAACCCAAGGAAGGUGAAUAAUAUUACCGAGAAACUCAUCACAGCAGUGAAUCCUAACAACAAGAUGAUCCAAAUAUGGGAUAAACUUGAAUAUGAAGGUAUAUUAGAGGAACAGUUAAUCAGAUAUAUAUGGAGCGAAGAACUUGCCGAAGAUGAAACUACCUUUAAGGUCUUCUUGAACUUGAUGAAACAGUUUGGACUACUGUGCGAACAGAUCAAGAACGAAAAGAACGCAUCUCGUUUGUUUUUCGUACCAUGCCGACUGAAAUUUAGCGGGGAGGAAAUGACUUGUACACAGGACAAUGAUCAGAUGGUAUCUAUCUACAUAAAUUCCGAUGGAUUUCUACUCGAUACUAUCUUUCAUCGUUUAGUUGUCAAGUUGAUUGAAAUGGUUAAAGCUAGAGGCUACACGACUGCACCCGAGUUAUUCUACAACAGGGCAACCAUUAAGUUAGGACAUCACACUCUCAGCCUAGGUCAAUUAAUCAUCGAUGACAAGCCCUGCGUGAAGCUUGAAAUAUCAGUCAAUGGUAAGCCUACAGAUACUGGGACAGAAGAACUAAGUCCUAUUGUGUGCAUGCAGGUGUUGGAGUAUUUGAAGGAAGAGUUGAAAACGUUGACGCGUGGAAUUAAGCACCCUAGUUAUGUACUUCGUGUCAUGUGUUGGUCAGAUUUGCAAGAUCACUUUCAUGAUAUGGAAGAGUGUUUAAACAACGAUUGUAUCCAAUGCGUGAAGGGAUUUCAAGAAACCAACAAACUACAGAAGCUGUUCAAGAAUAUGACAUGUCAUGUCUAUCUAGCAGAUAAUGAUCUACACAGUAUCAAACAAGGCAUGGGAGAGGACUGGAAACUGCUGGGGGUCAGACUGGGCCUCAAGUGGAAGAGGAUAAAUCAGAUGUUGAACUGUAACCGGCAGCCGGAUUGCCCAAUAAUGGAUAUGCUUAUAGAAUGGAGGAGUAUACAGAAGUACGAGACAAAUCAAGUGGAGGUAAUGGACAAGGCUUUGAAAGAUCAUGGACUCACAUGUCUUGCUGACUCGCUCUUUGCCUCACAGCGCCAUGUAACAUCAGGAGAACAAAGUACAGUACAAACAUCACAUCAAAUUGAACGGGAAAAAGAUGGUUACUUGGCAGAUAUUGAUAUGUUGAUUAUCGCUGAGAAACUUGAUAACGAUUGGAAAUCGCUUGGCCACAUUCUUGGCUUUGAAUAUUUUGAAUUAUCCCAAAUUACGUCUCAAUUUGGACCAUCAAUUGUUGAAGCCAGUUUAGAAAUGUUGGUGAGAUGGAGAGAUAAACAAAAGGCUAAUGUAAAUCACCUCGAAUCGAUGGAGUGUGCAUUGACUAAAUUCCAACACAAUGCUCUCAAGGAAGCCCUUAAAACCUACUACCAAGAAAAAUACAAUUAUUAAUUGGUAUAAAGAUGAUGUAAUGCAGCCCGUGAUAACUGAUUAAACAAAAUCAAUGGUGGCUUUUAUGAUAAUUACAAUGUGAUUAGACAUCUAUAUUACUAUAAAAACAUUGUAUUUUGUUUGUUAUUACCCACACUAGUAUUAAACAACCAACUAAUGCAAAGGGGUCGGCCAAUUCUUUUAUUUGUAGGCUAUAGUGUGGUAUGUAUACAAUGUGUGAUAAUAUUUUUUGUAAUCUGCCUAUCACCACUAUCUUUUAUAAUAUUUUACUUUUAUUUGUACAGAUUAUAUAAAAGAGAAUCCAUCAUUUCUUGAUUUAUCAGUUCAAAAUCCAAAUUAUUAUAUAUUAUAUUGCAUUAUACAAAGAUACUCAGUGAUGGGUUCAGUUCCUUUCGUUGGUUAUAAUAUAAGAUGCUAUUAAUACUCUUAUGUAUUUAAUAGCAUCUUCAGCCUGGAUGACACAAUAAUUUAUGGUGGUCUAUUUCACUGUAAUUAUUGUUUACAUUUGUAAUUUAUUAGUCAUUGUUCUUAGGUAUGUAUGUUGUUGUUUGGUCAAUAAUGUUGAUGUUUUAUUGUAAUGUAAGAAGCUAAUAGUCUACGGCAUAUUCUGUCAUUAAUUUUCACGUUCAGUACGUAUAGUCCCUGGGAAGGUGAUCAAGAAAUGGCACCUCCUAAUCCAAGGUACAGUCGAUGUAUUACUCAAGAGAAAAAUGACAUACGUGAGUAGAAAAGAUUUAAAAAUACAUACAUGAAGGGAAAAACUACGAUGAACUUAUUGGAGAAUAAUAUUGUGAUAUUUAAAGAUAGGAUUAGAUUUAAAAUAUGUAGUUUUUUCUCACCAGUACCAAAAUUUAUAGAUAUGCAAACAAAGUACUGACGAGAAAAUGACCAGAAUAUUCAUGGAAUCUCAAAGUACUGACUAUGACUAAUGUGUAGAAAGAAAUGUAUGAAGGUACACGUAAGCGUUGCCGCAGCGUCAAUGGUAUCUCAAGAGUUAGAAAGUGCCAUCAGAAGAUAUCUUCCACGUUUUUGAUUGACUAUCUGUCAAAAAUCUGGAAAAGUUUUAAAAAUGGAUUAACAAAUUGAAUAGUUCAUUGAAAAAGAUCACAUAUAUUGCAAUUGGCAAAAUAUAUAAAUAAAGAAUGUAUAUAAACUAAAUAUAGUGGCACUAAAUUACAUCUUGCAUUAAAAUUGUCUAUAUAACUUAUAUGCAAUGUAAGUACAUUAUAUAUGGUUACAUCUAUGAAAUUAAAAGUACAUUAUUUGGCAAACGUGGGCAUGUGUAAAGGAAAUAUAUAUGAAAACUUCCCUGUUUACAAACAAUGAGCCACCAAUUGAUAUUUUUUACCAACCUCUUCAUUUAUUUUUAGCCCAAGUUAAGCAAGAUGUUUGACUAUUCACUUGCUCUGGAAAUUUUCUCAUAAUGUUCCUUGUAUAUAAUAGUAAUAUUGUAACUUGAUUCAAUCUGAAUAUUUGUGUACUGUUUACAAUAUUUUUUUAAUGUUUCUAUUGUGAUUUUAUACAUUUUAUAACGGUGAUGUUAUACAGUAUUGUAUUUAUAGUAUGCUCUCUGUUAUUAUUAUCGUUUUCACUGUUUUGGAUAAUAUGAAAUAAAAUAUAUUAUUGAAUAUUAUAUAGCUGUUGUUCUAUAGAAAAUUUACCAUUAGUAACUGUGAAUAAUCCGCUUUUAUAAUAAUAGGACUUCUGGUGUUAUGUACUUGAAAAUUAAGUAAUUUUAUUAUAUAUAUUAUAUAUAUAUUGACUUGUACCCACGAAAUAGCAUGUUUUUAUGUUAUUAGAUAUACUGUAAUGAACAAUGUUUUAUAUUAUUAGAUAUACUGUAAUGAACGAAAUAAAAUUAUAAAUGUCUAUUAUGUAGUUACAUUUAUAUAAAAAAAAAAGUACGUUAAAUGGCAAAUGCCAGCAUGUGUAAAGAAAAUUUCCUAUUAUUCUGAAACUAUUGAUAUUAUUAGCUUUCCUUUAAAAAAUAUGCAGGCAUACUCGCCUCGUAUAUUAGUCACUGAAUAACCAAAAUGUGUAAUACUAGGUAUUCUGAUGUUAAUAACCUAGGAAAUUAACUCAUUUUGUUACUUAUAAUUAUUAUACCGUAGCAUUGAUAUAUUCUCACGAAAUAGCAUGUUUUAUAUAAAUGUUGUUUAUGUAUACGCAUGAGAAUGAAGCAUCUAUUUAUACUGAUGCAAUACAAAUCCAUAAUUUAGAUGUGUACCCAUGGGAAUAAAGCAUACAUUUUGUAGUUUAGCCGUAGCUUGGUAGAUAAGACGCAAGGCAGGCUUGGCUCACUAUAAUAGUGCAAACCCGGUCGCCCAUGUUUCAUCAACUGGGAAUGACAAAAUAUGAUAAUAAUGUGGAAAGUGUUACCAAAAUCCAAAAGACCAUAAUAUAUUGGAAAAGUUUACUAAAUUACAUGGAUUUUUGAUAACUAACAACAGAGUUAGGACAAUAUUUAUAGUCAUAUGCAAAAUUCGUCUGUCGCCAGAAAAAAAAAUACCGUUUUAGCAAUCUGCCAUUCAAUAAAUGCUGUGUACCACAGGGCUUAUAGUUACCGAUUUGUAAGCUGGUAGGAAGGUUGCCAGUUUGUACUUUAAGUUUUUAAAUCGUGGGUGGGUUUAGUAUGGUUAUGGUACAGUUUAUCCGUGUCGCCAAAUGCACGUAAUAUACGUUACGUAAUCAUAAUUGCCAGGAAAAAACAUAUAUUAUUGCAAGAAACAUUUAAGGUAAUAACUAAUAUUUGCUUAGUAUAGGAUGUUAUGAAUACUGUAUUGUUAAUUUGGAAAUUCUUUUUUUUUUUUUUGAUUAUUUAAUCCUUUUAAUUUAUUGUUAUUAGUUAGGUCAUUAGAUUAGUCCGGGGACCUUAAUUACAGGCCUAUGGCCUCCUUGGUCCUCGGCACUUGUAGUAGUUAAGUUAAGUUGCAAAUUACAAGUGAAAUAAAAAAUGAAAAUGAAUGAAAUAAAAUGAAAAGUAGAAUAGUCAUCUAUGCUAAAUAUGAUCUUAAACUUGAAAUUUUAAUUGUCGCUUUUAAGCAGUGAAACAUACGUUACCUGAUUUCUUCAUAUACCAGUUCAAGAAUUUGAACCAAACUAAACGUGAGAAGUAGUUAAGUAAUAAGAAUGGACACCGCGUCAGUAAAUCAUCAUUGGUGUUAAGUAAUCAUGUUUAAUUAGUAAUUUGGAAUAUUAAUCCAUAUUAAUGAAAUAUAGAAGGCAUAAAACUAUUAAUAAAUGACUUUAUUUACGCCGCCAACGACACAUGAAAGUUUUAGAACCUUCCAAGAAAAACUGGCAUUGAGCAAUUGACACCCAGAACCUUGUAUUUAUCAACUGUGUGAUUCCCUCGAAUGGUCCUACGCCCAUCAUUAAAGUGAAGCAACUUGGUAUUUAUUAUAGGCUGUGUCUCGACUAUAUUUAGUUAACAAAAUAGUUAAUAUUUAUAAUGAAAUGUAAAAUUGAAAAUUUCAGGCAAUAGCUUAGGCCUAGUUGAAAGGAUUACUACGUUGUGAAAAGUAACGUAUGUUAAACACACGGUAACGUAUGUUAUUGUUGAUAUAGCAUAUAAUAAACAUCAUUUAAUAAAAA